CCCGCCCCCAUCUCGUCACUCCGCUACCAACUUUCCGCAACGUCGGCUCUACGAUCCGCUGCCUACUCGAGGCUUUCGGCUACCUAGGCGUCCACUGCAACUGAACCAUCCGCUCACUCCUCCAGGUAUUCCUCUACCCCUUCCUCAUCGGCUUCCCGCGUACGCUUUCUUGACUCCUUCCAGGUAUUCCUCUACCUCUUCCUCAUCGGCUUUCCGAUACGCUUUCUUGACGCGAGUUCACUCUUUAUUCCGCUUCAAGUUUCCAAAAUGGAAACGAUCAAUUCACUCUCAAGAAUUUUCCAAGAGAAAGAGGCUAAACUGGUUAGUCAAGAACAAAAGAUUGCCUCUCUGUCAGAAGAAAAACAGAGCUACGAAGCUCGAAUUAAAUUUCUAGAAGAUAAAGCGAGCCAAAAUAUUGAAACACAACAGUUGAGCCAGCACAGUGACAGAGCUACAAUCAAGCGCCUCCAAGACCAAAUCAUCCAUCUAUUGGAAGAAAAGCAAAACGACAAGGCUACAAUUACAAGUCUUCACGACAAAAUGAGCCAGCACAUUGACGACGCUACAAUUAGACUGCUACAUGAUCAAAUGAGCUUAAACACUGACGAAGCUACAAUUCAACUUCUCCAAGAUCAAUUGAGCGAGUAUACUGAAAAAGCGCAAAGAUACGAAGCUCGAAUUAAAUUUCUGGAAGAUGAAGCUAAUCAACGUACUGCACAGCUGAGCCAGGACAGUGAUAAAGCUAUAAUUAAACUGCUAGAGGAUCAAGUUAUGAAACUCAUGGGAGAAAAGCAGAGAGAUGAAGCCACGAUUAAACGCUUUCAACAUCAAGUUAGCGAGCACAUUGAAAAAACGCAAAGAAACGAGGUUGCAAUAAAAUGUCUCCAAGAUCAAGUCAGGCAUCAUACUGAAGAAAUACAAGCAAAAGAAACUGAAAGCAAGCUUUCUGGCAAGAAGAAUCCGGCAAAAGGACAGAAAUGGCUCAAAGUUGGUCUCUUGGUGUUAGUAUUUUUUUUAGGUCGCUUCGAAGGAAGGAGAGGUCGAUGAUUAACAGGCAUUUCGUCACGUCCUAUGAGUUUUUUCUUUUUUUUUUGGGUAAAUAAUUGUUGGUAACGUCUCCGUUAACUCAUAUACAUUUUGAAAGUGUAAAUACUCUU